AUGCUGUUGCCCUCGUUUGCAAGGUACUUCUCUGAACUUGGAGAUAACACAAACCUCCAGCAGCUGCAGCAGAAGCAGCAGCAGCAGCUGCCGCAGCAGCAGCAGCUGCCGCAGCAGCAGCAGCUGCAGCUGCAGCUGCGGCAGCUGCAGCUGCAGCACCCGCGGCAACGUGGGCAACAUCAACAGCUGCAGCAGCAGCAGCAGCAACAGCAGCAGCGCCUGCGGAAACGUGGGCAACAGCAACAGCAGCAGCAGCAGCAGCAAGCGCAGCAGCAGCCACUGCAGCAGCAUCGACGGCAACAACUGCAGGAAACGCAGCUGCAGCAAAGGCAAGAGCAGCUGCAGCAGCUACAGCAGGAGCAUUAG